GGACCUAACAAAGUUAUUGUAGACGACUUCAUUCGCAUGUUGUGGGAACAGAAAGUAGAGAAAGUUGUGAUGCUAACGAACCUAAUUGAAGAAGCGAAAGUGAGUAUAAAAGUAAAUUAUUAAUGAUACAAAUAUUCACCAUAAAUUUUUAUUUUACUUGACAUUUUUAAACGUUUUUAACAUUCAAAUUUCAGAAUACUUGGAUUUCGUAUCAAAACUGUCAGACUUUUCAAGUUUACACAUUUAAAUGUGCUGUGUAACACUAACUCAUAGUCAUAGGCAAAACAGAAUUAAUAAAUAUGCCUAUCAAUUAAAUUGUUCUUUCUGAGUAGAAUAAGCUCAAAAUAAUAGACAGUAAUCAUAGAAAUUGCUAUAUAAAAUACAUAAUGUAUUUUAACUUUAAAUUAAUGCACUUUUAAAAAAAAAAAAUUUUGAAACUUAUACUUAUAGACUAUAGACUAUAGAAUGAUAUUAAUAUUUUUAAAAAUAUCUUCUGUGUUACUUGUUACUUUAGCAUAAAUGUGAUCAGUACUGGCCUGAAGAUGGCGAGAUGCAUUUUGGAGAAAUCAGAGUGCGACUCAUAAAUACACAAGUCUUUGCUGAUUACACAAUAAGGAAAUUGGAACUCCUUAAGGUGAGGGCUUGA